UCUCAUUUCAAAAGACUGAGACGAAUAUCAUCUUUUUACUCUGACAAUUAAUCAGAAUUGAAAUCAAUUAACGCGUGUCUUUCUCUCUCUCGUUGUAAGUUAGUUGAAGUUAGGAAGCUCGGAGGCAGUGGCAACGACAUUGUCAUCUUCGUUCUCGUCAGCCGUUGUAGUCGUUGAAAAUGAUUGCAGCAUAGAGAGCGGAGGGACGAAAGGAAGAAGCGCGCCGAGGUUCUGAGUCAGCUCGUUAAAGAGGACUGUACAGGAGGAUCAGAAGUUAAGGCGUGUAAAAUAGCAGAAAGAGAGAGGGAGAAAGAGAGAGAGAGAGAGAGAGAGAGAGAGAGAGAGAGAGAGUCUUUGCGGGAGUCUAAGCUCCCGCAUUUGUAGACAUCGCCCAUCGAAUUUCAACGAUAUAUGUAUAUGUUAGUUGUACGUAAAUGCAAGCCGAAAGGAGACACGCAAAGUGAGUUUCUUUCCAUUCGAAGUGAGAGGUAGUAACGAUUGGAAAUGAGUAUUCGUGACAAGUAUCAAGAUUAGUUGUGUUUGAAAACGUAUCAAACGUCCACAAGUGAUAUCAAAUAAAUUCAAUUUAUCCAUCAUCGAGAAUGACGUUCAUUGUGACGAGUUUAAUAAAAAUAAUAUUCUCUUAUGAGAUUAUGAUAAUAAUAUGAAAUAUUAACUAUUGUAUUGAUCACUGAAUGCACAGUGACUUCGAAAGAAUUAUGACAAAGUUAAUUAACUAUCGUGCAAAGUGAAAAACUUAUACAUCAUGAUAAGUCUUAUCCGGAGACCUCUUCGUACUUCCUGUCAAGAAUCAAGUGUAAUAGAGACGAUAGAAAUAUAUAUCCCUUUAUUCGAUGAUUAUUUUUUUUUUCUUUCAUGAUAAAUCAAUUUGCGCUUCGUUACUUUCUAUUUUUUUUUUUUUUAAGUAUUACAAACGAUAAACUACACUAUAUUAGUGCACUCGAUUGUUUGAUCCAAGACGAUGCUUAUAGACGUAAUGAUCAUAUUCAUCGAAUAGAAUUUCGAUGUGUAAUCGUUGGGACAGAAAUCAACGUCGGUAGAAAGUGGAAACAAUAAUAAUACUUUACGUUCCACGAGGAGACAACGUGUAAAAGAAGAAUGGGCCUUGACGCAGAACUCACUGUCAUACUUCAUGAGAUCGUACAAUUUCUCGAAUUUCUUCGAGAAGCAAAUUUAUCGGGUACAAUGGAAACCAUACGAGAAAAUUUAUUGUUACGUUCAAAAAACGCCUUGAGUGUUUUGAUGGGAACCGAAGGUACAACAUCGUCGACCGAGCUCUAUCUCCGUAUGAACGCUAGCUCGAAGGGUUUAUUACCAUUGAAUAUUGGAGAAACGAAUGUAUCCGACAUGCAAGAGUACGUCGGUGCGGAGGAGACGAUAUCUCAGACUCAAAAACGUCCUACCUCUCAAAUUCAUCCUGAUUAUUAUGAAACAUUCCGAUCGAUGGCCGAGGAUGAUAAAAAGAAAGAACUUGAAGAAUCUCAAGAGAACGCGCUCGUUAAUAUUUAUUCCAGUUUAUCUGGCGCACAGGCAAAAAGCAAAUCUUUAAAAUGUGGACCAUUACUUCGCAAGGAAGGCAAAAAAUUAUUUGUUUUUGAACAAUAUCGAAUUAAUUGGGUCGCAUUGGUAGGAAGUCAUUUGUUGAUCUACGGAAACGAACGAGAUAAUAAGCCUUACAGUGUUCAAGGGAUUCGCGGUUAUUCUGGUCGACCAGCGCCUAAUAUUGUCCCACGUGAUCAAAGAAGAAGCGAGGCAGCAUUUGAAAUUUUCAAACCUGGUAAUAAAACAUUACAAUUUAUUGCAAGAACGCCAAAAGAUAUGGAACAAUGGGUUGCCAAGGUUUGUCAAGUUGGUUUUAACGAGAUCAAUCUUGAUCUUGGACUUAAUCCGAAAGAAGACGUAUCUUUGGUAUCUUCCUCUGGAAUAGUUGGAGAAACGGAAGAGAUUAUUACAAAAGAUCGUCUCGUAGAUUCGACGAAAUUACAAACGACCUUCUUAAACGUUAACGAGAACAAGACCAUUGAACCUGAUCAUGAAAGCAAAGUUCAAACGAGUGAGAAUACGAGUCCUCCUCCGUUACCAGCUCGUAUACCACGAAGACUUCCAUCGUUACCCUCGAGUGAUAUAAUCUCCUCGUAUGAAAUGAUGGACGACGAAGAAGAUGAUAUUUAUCACAAAAUAGAAGAUCUCGAAGGUGGUACGUUUUAUCAAAAUUUCAUAUCAAAGAAUCAAAAGGAGGUGACAGUCGUUGAAAAAUCGAAGAAAGUCACCACUGCUUACGACGACGUCCAAGCGAUUCUAGAAAAAAAUCGUAAACAUAUGAAAUCUAAAACGAAAGAGGAAAAUGUAUGUAAUACGAAGGAAAACGAAAUGAUACGUUUCGAUGAAACUUACGACGAUAUAAGCAGCUCUUCUGUUACAAAAGAGAAAAAGAAUUGUGAAUCUCUUCAAGAAGAAGUCAUCGACGUUAAUGAAUCACAAUCAUCAACAGCAACGACUUUGGUAUCCUACGACGAUGUUGAGACUCUGGUAAAUGCGGCAUCGCUUGGUAAUAAAGCGAAGGAUAAGAACGAAGAAGUACAAAAGAAAACACCGAAUAAAAAAUCGUUUUUGGAUAGAAUGAGAAAUAAGAAAGAAUCGCCACAAAAAAAAGAGAAGAUAAUAGCCGCUCAACAAGAAACGUUGACGCCGCCUCCGCAAAUUAUUCAGAAAAAGGAAAUGACUACGUACGACGAUGUGUCUGAUUUGAUUAUCAAAGAAACGUCCACGUCCAAUGAAACGCCCGAAUAUACUUGUCCGCCAGCACCGAGACCUGUAUAUGUUAAGCCACCAACAGUUAUCUUGCCUGUUGAGGAAGAAUUUUAUGACGAUGUUAACGGAUGUCAUGAGAAGAAAAAUCAACAAAUGCAAUCUAAUGUUCAAAAGAUUGAGAAAAGGAUAUCGGAUGAUUGUGAACAUUAUAAAUCACCGAGAAACGAUACGCCGCAACAAGUUGGACCAUCUCAAACGGAAGAACAGAUUUAUGACGACGUAGCUAUUUUAGCAAAUUUCACGGCACGUCAGAAAGAAAUAUCAGAGGAGAACAAGGAUCAAGAUCUUUCGAGAGCAUCUUUUAGUCCAGAUAAAAGAUCAUGGAAUAGAUUUGUAACUAGCAGAAAGCAUAGAUCAUCAAGCGAUUCUAUUGGUUCUGUAACAAAUAAGAGAGUAUCCAACGAGAUUACGGAUCUUGAUUGUUAUGAAGAGCAACAAAAUUUUUCUCGAAUGAAUACGUUUCAGAAAUUAAUUAAUAAAAUGGAAAAUUCACUUGGUAAAGUGUCUCCAAGGGCAGUACCAACGACAUCCAUGAACAAAACUUAUGGGUUAAAUACAUCCUCCUGAGAUGUAAAUGAUUGGAACAGAUUGUAAUAUGUUGAUAGUAUAUACGAAAUUUUAUUUUUU